CAGCAGCAGCUCUUGUCCCAUCGAGUUACCCACCAGCCCGAGUCACAUGACUUCAGACCAGCAUACACUGUAUCCGGCUGAUCUACAGGUACAGUUAACGCUCGGAGCACUGGGUCCUGGAUACUGCUACGUCUGCCAGGCCGGAGAAGAUGGGGUGCUGCUUUAGUAAGGAGCUGAACCCCGGCCUGCAGAACGAGAGGAGCGGUCUGUUACAGCCCCCGCUCCACGAUGGGCUGAACGAGGUGACGGAACAGGUCAGGCAACAUGCUGCGGCUGUGGCUCAGCAUGUGUGCUUGGACGAAGAGGAGACACGUGUGGCAGAUGGAGGGACCGACAGGAAGCCUUCAGAGGAUGAAGGAAAAAAUCCAGAAGUGGAAAACAAAGUUUGUCCGGAGGCGGCCGUGGUCAGCAAGGACGGUGACACACAGAGCGAGAGGGAUCCUAAAGCAGCUAGCACUCAAGAAGAGACCGGGGCUAUUAUUAUCACAACCAGCACAAACAUACAUUCAAACACGGACGCAGAGGCAGGUGUGACCCACGCUGCCAGGCCCAGCUGUGGACCGGCUCCCUAUAUGGAGGUGCCCACACAGAGUCCAGUCAGACAGAAGAUUUUGGCGAACGCCACAAUCAGAGCUUCGUGGUUCAGUUCACACCCAGAUGGCCAGAAGCAGCACAAACAGUUAAGCAGUUGGUCAGCUCCCACCAGGAUACACUCCGGUGACUCUCACGACAGUGUCACAGAGAGUGCGGUGUCGGCCGAGCCGCCACUGGUCAGUGUGUGUCAGGGCCCACAGGGGGUUUACCCCCGAGCUGAGCACAACGAUGAGGAAGGCGGGGAGGUCUGUGUGGUCACAACGACACUGGGUCAAGGUUUCGAAACGAGGACCCGGAGCUUCUACAGCAUAUGUUCCAUUGACGCUGAUGACCUUGAACACGACCACGUUCACAGCCAAUCCCAAACAGCUGGAGCAACACUGUCACUGCAAACAGCUGAAGUAGAAACAGCUGCUCUACCCUGCCUAGUGGAGUCUCCAGCCUCCAGCCAAUCACACACAGAUGCAUCUGCAUUCUGUGAGCAUGUCACACAGUCUAAGAUGACCCAUCAGUCACAUGAUGAGAAACCAGUUCCAGCUCAAUCAAAUUCUGAACCUUCCUCCACCGUUUUGUCACAGGGACACUCCACCACCCCUCAUCCUGUUGGACCUUCUCAGGUGGAGGCGUUCAUGCACGUCUUUGAGGAAGGAGAAAAGACGACAGCUGCACAGGAAACUCCCAUCGAUCAGCCCCUCACUGUGUCAGUGAAGCAUGACUCUGCAGACACAGAACCCUCAGUAUUAUUAACCUCUGACUGUGACCCUGAAGUCCACAUCGGCGUGCAGCAUGACACUGCUGACUGUUUGCCUCAAGCUGGAGAUUCACCAGAUGGAAUUUACUCGGAGGAAAUGAAUGAGAUGAAGAGGCACAUGUCACAGGAGGAGCAGGAUGCACUUGAUGGUGAUUUUCCUCCAGCCAAUUCACUGUCAGAUGAGCAGUCCACCUUCCUUUCCUUCCAUCCUGUUGUACCUCCACAGCUGGAGCCACUGUCCAGCAGUCAGACAGACAGAGAGGAAGCUCAGACGUCCACACAAGGCAGCCUUCAGCCUGGAGAGCUGACCGACCAGACAGCCCCAGAGGACUCAGUGGGGUCUAAGGAUGACGUGAUGAUGAUGUCACACACAGAGGAAAGGGCAUGUGUGGAGGGGUCAGAGGAACAAAAAGUUUCAGAGGAGUGUGUGUGCGUGGAGAGAGUGUGUUCAGUGGACUACAGAGUAGCAGAGGGACCCUUCAGGGCUCCAGAGGAAACAGUGGUCAAAUUCCAGGACAAAGAUUUGGAUCAGAGUGUUGAUUCGGACUUUAACCCUCUGGAUGAUCAUCUGCGGUGGUCUGACCUGUCAACACAACAGCUCAUCCAAAGUCCACAACCAGCAGCAGCUGAAACUCCUGAGCUGGACAAUUCCAGUCAGAGCAACCUCAGCCUCAAUCUGCUGCACAAGGAGGAGGUUGUGUUGCCUCUGUCUGAAGGCCAGAUAGAGAUGGAUAAAUCAUCCCUGCAGAGCAGUCCCAUCGCUGUGAGUACAUACAGAAGCCACAGUGAGGAGAGUAAUGUUGGUCACAGCGGCACAGCAGAUACAACUCUCACUGAAGUGUCCUCAGUUUCCACCAUCUCAGCUGUGUCAUCACUGCCCACUGAACUGACCGCCUUCUCCUGCCACACAGCUCUGACCGCUCUGUCAGAUAUCAGGUCCACAUCUCACCAGAGUGACUCCAUCACAUCUGACAAAGUGGAUGUUAAUUCAAAUGAUCCAACAUUUGAGUUGAGCAGCAUUAAACCUCCCGGUGAAGAAGUCAACAGUUCUGAGGAUGCGAUGGUGUCUCUGAUGAGUGACUCAGAGGAGCCUCUUCAGGACCUCCUCCUGAGUGGAGAUGACAAAAAACCACAGCCAGAAAUUUGUCACAACAGCAGACAUGUUGAGAAAGGUGAUGUCACUGUUGUUUUACCAGAAACAGCUGAUAACCCCUCUCAACCACUCUCUGUUACUACCUUCUCCACUCCACCUUCCUCUUCCUUGUAUCUGUGCACAUCUCCAGAGAAAGGAGAGCAUAGUUUCUGCCCAGAGAUUGAAGCUGACAGUUCUGAGAGUGUAUGCAGACAAAUCCACCAGAAGGUAAAUCCACCAGAGAAAGUCUUCAUGCGUAUGUGUGAGGAAGAAGAGACGACAGCUGCACAGGAGACUCCCAUCGAUCAGCCCCUCACUGUGUCAGUGAAGCAUGACUCUGCAGAUACAGAACCCUCAGAAUUAUUAACCUCUGACUGUGACCCUGAAGUCCACAUCGGCCUGCAGCAUGACACUGCUGACUGUUUGCCUCAAGCUGGAGUUUCACCAGAUGGAAUUUACUCAGAGGAAAUGAAUGAGAUGAAGAGGCACGAUGCACUUGAUGGUGAUAUUCCUCCAAAAACUCCUGACAGUUCACUGUCAGGUGAGCAGACCACCACCCUUGAUCCUGUUCCGUCUCCGCAGCUGGUUGACAUUAAGGAACCUCAGCACAGCUCUCAGCCUGAAGGCCUGAGCAGUCAAACAGCUUCUGAUGAGGAAACAAAAGGGGUGAAGCAACACAUGUCACAGCAGGAGGAAAUUCCUCUAGAACCUCUCAAUAUUCCAGCCACUGAGAUGCAGUUCAAGGACCAUGAUGAAACCAGCAACUGUGACUUGUACAUGAUUCCUAAUGGCUUUAGCUGUCCAGAUGAAAACACCUCGGUUGUGGACUGCCAGGACGACCCCGUCAUGAUGAUUGUGGACCCAGGCCAGAUUGACGUUUACGCCUCAACUCCGUCAUAUGAGAUCCAUCCCCUCUGUCACAAUCCAUCAGCGACUGCUGAGGAGGGAGAGCAUGAAGGAGGGAUGAGGGAGAUGGUAUCUGAGCUGCUGGGAGAGGACGGGGACGCUUCUGUCUGCCGCCUCUACCCCCACCCCUGGAUCAAGCUGGGUCUUGGGGAGAGCUGUGGAGUGUGGGCCCAGGGUGUGUCUGAGGUCGAAGCCGCCCAGAGCGACCACAAGACGGGGACUGGAUCAGAGCAGAUCCCAGCCUUGGUGUCUGAGCUCCAGCCCUCUAUGGCUCUGCUGGGAGCUUACCCAUACAGCACUGUGAUGCCUCAGGGACCCUGUGUGUGGGACUGGCACACAGAUUGCACUCAGCCUGGACCUAUCACUGCCCCCAGCCUUAACCCUGAUGCUGAAGUCUGGACCAAUCCCAACUUUAACUUGGACGUCUCCAGCCCCGCCUACCUGCAGCCUGAGCAGCCAUGGGUGCAGUUCCCCAACAAUCUAACCAAUCAGGAAGGAUACGUGCCAGAGUUCCAGCUGGAGAACGUGUGCCUGACUGAGACUGUGGUUGAGGCAGAUCCCAGCACACUGGAGUACCAGACACUGACUGCUGAAGCUCCUGUAGUUACUAGAGAGUCCAGUGAGCCACCUGUCACAGAUGAGAUCAGACAACAGCUGAGGACAGUUUUGGAGUCCUGCCUGACCAGGGAGCACCUCGGCAACGACCUGUACCUCAAUUCUCAGAUGGACAGCGACCAGUAUUUUCCCAUCCAAACUCUGGCCAGCCUCGACAAGAUCAAGAACAUCAGCACGGACCUGGACCUCAUCUCCGACAUUUUGAAAUCCCUGCCGGUGGUCCAGGUGGCUCCAUGUGGACAGAAGGUCCGGCCCAGUCAGAGUCGAUGUGUCGUCAUCCUGCGUGAGAUUCCCGACAGCACACCUCAGGAGGAGGUGGAGGCUCUCUUUGAGGGCGACGGCCUGCCCAAGUUCCUGAGCUGUGAGUUUGUGAAGAACGACAACUGGUUCAUCACUUUCAAAUCAGAAGCUGAUGCACAACAGGCCUACAGGUACCUGAGGGAGGAGGUCCGGGUGUUUAAGGAAAAACCGAUCAUGGUGAGGAUAAAGGCCAAAACUAUGGCAGUCACUUCCUACGCUCCAAAAAAUGGAUACAGACCGGCCCAGCUGGACCAGUACGGCUCCUACUACCCUCCAACCACCUACCAGCCGCCCUGCCCCACCCACGUACCGGCACAACAACUGUACGAUUUCACCAAUGAGGUGUGGGCAACUGGAUACCAAGAAUGUGCUGAGCAGCCUCCACCACUGAUGGGUGACUUCAUGAAUGGAUUCUCAGCAGCUUCCAACUUCAAACCUCACAACACACACAGGCCGAGGAGAGGCUCGAGAUGGGCAAACUCUGGAGACCGUUGGCAGUCCAGUCAGAAUGAUUCCUCACACUCGUCAGAACAGGCGCCAGUGGAGCACUCGUUCCCUCCAGGUCGAGGGCGGUCCCGGGGCAACGCGCGGCGUCAGGGCAGAGGUGGAAGGACGGAGCCUAGCAAGCAGGUUGUGUUACCCACUGCUGAUUGUGGAAGGAGAGGAAACUUCAGCCAGAGGAGGAGAGAGAACCCGAGGACAUGGGACAAGUCUGCUGGUAACAACCAUAAUGCACAAAGUCAGUCACCGCCUCGUCAGCCAUCUCCUCCUCUUGAGCUCGGGCCCACAAGCUUCCCUCCCCUUCCCCUGGCAAACACUGCCAUAGCAACGGUACCUGCAGCUAACGGCAGCGUCAAGAGUCCAGUAAAAAGCAGCAGCCCAUCAGUGCCCACACUGACACCAGAGCCUCAGCAGAAUGUGAAGGAGCACGCAGAGACGACCAGCGAGGCCAAACCAGCUCUGCUUACACAGGAACCAACUGCAGAGUCCAAGAAGCUGAGCUACGCCGCAAUCUGCCAGAGAGCAUCGUCCAAUGAAGCGGUGCCGCCAGCUAACCACACCUCUCCAGACACUGAGCGCAUGCCAACCUAUCCAGGCCAGGCCCCCGAACCAGCUCUGCUGCCACUGUGAUGAUUCUGGGUUGAGAAAAAGACACUUAGGGACACUUUGUCCGAUGGUGUCAUACAAGCUAUAACUGUGUUACUGUACUGUCAUAAUUACACAAACCUGCUGCAUAUUUACUGUGAGGGAUGAUGUGUGUGUGCAGGAAGAUUACAUUAAGUGCCAAACAGCCUUUAAAUCAACUAGAUUUAGGUCUGGAUCUUCAUUGAUUUCAAUAAUUAACCCUUCAUAAACACUGUAGGCAUUCACUGAAGUGUGCACUGGGUGGGUUUGGGGGGUCUGACUGCUGGCUGGUUCAGAACUGGAUGGGCUGGUGUGGGUCUGGGGGCGCUGACCACUCAGGAUGUUUCAGCCAACUUUUCAGUUUUUACAAAGACGGAGGGAAUGUGUAAAUGUUGAUCUGCUACUUUACAUUGGCUUUAUUUCUUGGUUUGUAGUUCAGGUCAGUUCAUUGAGGGCAAGGUUCCAUUUUGAUUUAGUUUUGUCUCGGCACUUCCUCUCUUGCUGUGUGUGUUAGGUGGUUUCUCUCUGUACAGGACGUUCUGCCAUGAUUUUUUUUCCCCCCUUAUAUCUUGUGUUAUUCUUUAGUUUAUAGGGCUGCUGUGGGUACACACAGUGCUUUUUCUUUAAAUAUUAGUCCCAGUCACCCAGUUUGUUUCCAUUUUCAGAUGUUGGUGAGAUGUACAGGCCUGUAAUAAACCAAGGUCCAGUAUGUUUUAGUUAUUAUUGCCAUGAAAAGCACUGAAUAGCAAUACUUUAGCUCUGCAUGAUUUUUUUUUAAAUUUCAUUUUAGAAUUUAAUUUAUGUCAUAUUUUUAUUUAUGUUAGAGCUUUCAUCUCAGCUGUGUAGAGAGAGGAGUUGAGUUGUUGAACCUCAGUGUCAUAAGGUCCAAUAUUCUGGACACAGGGAGGCUCAUCUCCUGUUCUGGCUGGGUGGGUUAGUUACUCAGUGUCUGUAAACAACAACUGUUUCAGCACAAAGAACUUGAACUGUAUUUGAGAACUUGAAUAUGAUUGCACUGCGUCAAUCUACUGCUUGUUUGUUAAAAAUGGAACAUUUUUAUUGUGGAACAGUUGUCAUGGAGAAGGAGCAGGCAUGGUUGCGGCACAUGUUACUGUACAGAUGUACAUAUUACUGAACAAAUAUUAAAGAAGUGCCUUUGAAGUUACAAA